GUCCUGCAGAGAUGGUGUGGCACAGGAGGGAUGCCAGUGCAGGCUUCGUGUACUACCCGCAUUACACUUUACUGGAAUUUGGGUCAGAAGGGAAAAAUACAAUUCUGGCAGGGCACUCGGCAGGCCAACCGUCAGGCCCCGGCUCCUUUCUUGUGUGCCAGAUCCUGGUGCAGAGGGAGCUGAUGGCAGAGGCGAGGCAGAGAUCUGGCCGGGAUGAUGGAAAUCUGGGUCACAUUGUCCUUUGUAGAGCCUUUGCGUUGCACCUGGAAGGCGAUCAUGGGUAUUUGUGCAGCCAAAGCAUGCUUUGA